CGAUCUUUACAUUGAUAUCUUUCCAAUACACCUACAUGCCCCAAAUUUGACCUGCAACGACGUCAAGAAGAAGAUAGUUUGACAGGAAACUAUCCAUUUGUUUAAUAUUGUAGUUUACUUUUAGCAAUUACUGAGAAGAAAAUCUGAGUAUACACCACAUAAACAUGCAGUCAUUUGUAAGAGUAGGAUAUGAUGCAUGUCAAUCAGUGGCAAGACAAAUGACCAAAACACCAAAAUUCUGCAAAUUACAACAUAUCAGGAGUACCUGUGUUUUUGAUCAUGAGAACUACACACCUGAGCGUAGAAGGGGAAGUAAUCCAAUUUUUGACCAAAAAUAUGAUGUGAUAAAACUGAAAGAAAACAAACAUCAGAUUCCACUGCCUGAUAUAGAAUGCCUACUGACUAAAGUAGUUGAUGGUGUAGGAUACCCGGGCCAAGUUGUAAUGGUGAAAAGAUCUAUUUUUAGAAACUCAUUAUUGCCAUUGGGACAUGCACUUUAUCCCACACCAGAGAACAUUGCUGAAGUCCAACAGAGACUUGAGGAAACAGGAGAAAUUAGGAAAUAUAAAAACUUCACACCCUAUACAAGAAAGUUUUUGAAGGAAAUAUCAGAAUUACACCUUCCCAUACCAAUGAAUGGAGACACCAAAUGGCAGCUAGAACAGUCACAUGUCAGAAUAGCUCUCAGACUUUUGAAUGUAGAAAUAUCAGACGAAGGCUGCAUAGAACUUCCAGAAGAGCCUGUAACUACACCAGGAAGAUUAACACUUGGAAUAACUAUAAACAAUACAAAAUCAGUGAAGUUUAGAAGUACAGUAUACCUUAAGUACAAAGAUCCAGUGAAACAAAGGAAGCAUCCGGAGCCACAGAUAACAGUAUGGAGAAAUGAACCCCUAGAGCAUGAUGAAUUGAUACACUCUAAUUGAAUAAAAUAAAGUUUACUUGAUAUUCAAGUUUA